GGACCGAAGCCGGGUCACCUUUAAGGGACCUGGGAGGAAGUGUCUGGUCCCGGUAACCGUGUUGCGAUGCGGUUCGAGAUUCUUCCCGGGAUGGCCGUCAUGGCCGUGUGCUUGUUCAUCCCCGGAAUGGCCACGGUGCGCCUCAACAGGUUCACUAACGGGGGCAAGGAAAAAAGGGUUGCCUACUAUCCAUAUCAGUGGAGUUUGAUGGAAAGAGAGAGGCGCAUCUCUGGAGUUAAUCAUUACUAUAAGUCAAAGGGUUUGGAGAACAUUGAUUAAGGAAGCAUUUUCCUGAUUGAUGAAAAAUAACUCAGUUAUACUCAUCUACCCCUGCUAGAAGGUUAUGUAAUGUAUUAUGUAGUACCUAAUAAAAAUAAAAUGAAAAAGUAAAAAAAAAA